AUGAUCAACCAAGCGUCUUGCAGGUCCAGCAGUGGCGACAACUACCACAGCCCUUCGAUUCCGCCUACUUGGACGGAAUGGUGCACCGAUAGCUACUACAACUUCACUUCUGUCUCGGGAAGAGACCACGACUCGCAUGGAUACCAUCUCAACCUCACGGACUCACUCGGCGGGCGCGGGACUCAGUUCUAUCCGCGGUCACUGGUCUAUCGCGUGCAGAAUAAUGCGAACCCCGACGACCCCGACCCGUUCCCCAACUAUGCGCUCCGUGCCACGAAUGCGAGUUAUGCUCCACGGUGCACGCACUCUGCUGCAUCUUCUUAG